UCCUGGUCUUGCCAUGGCGCUGCCCUGGGCCCUUGCAGUCUUGAGCCUUCUUCCCCUGCUGGACGCCCAGAGCCCAGCGUGUCCCAAUUUCUCGGUGCCCAUCACCAAUGCCUCCAUGGACCAGAUCUCUGGCAAGUGGUUUUAUAUCGCCUCGGCUUACCGCUUACCCGAGUACAAGAAGGAAGCUAGCGAAAUCCAUGCAGCCUUCUUUUACUUCACCCCCAACCACACGGAGGACACGAUACUGCUCAGACAGUACAUGACCAUGGGGGACCAGUGCAUCUAUAUCUCCAGCAGCCUGGAGGUCCAUGGGGAAAAUGCGACCCUGACCAAAUCCGAGAAUGACACAGAAGAUUUUGGCCACCUGCUGCUCCCCAAGGACCCCAAGACCUUCAUCCUCGCCUCUUUCCCAGAAGACAAGCAGAAAAUGGGGCUGUCCUUCUUUGCUGACAAGCCAGAGGCAACCCCAGAGCAAAUGCAACAGUUCUAUGACUACCUCACGUGCAUGGGCAUGGACAAGUCAGAAGUCAUGUACUCCGAUGAGAAAAAGAAUCUGUGCCUGCUCCUGGAGAAGCAGCACGAUGAGGAAAGGAAGAAGGAAGAUGAGAGGUCCAAGACCGGAACAGCAUUGGAUUAGGACCUCAGGGACUUUGGGGGCCUAUC